AUGAAACAGAGAAAAAAAUUGAAAUCACAAUUUACACCAAUUAUUUAUCAUUUAAAACCAUACGUCAAAUCAAUUAGUUCAUCAGAAUCUUCAACGGAACGAAAAGAAUACGAAACUGAAAGUGAAACAAUUGAUGAUGUGUCUGAUUUGGAAUUGAAAUCGCUUACUUUCAAAACUAACAACAUUUCAACUAGACCUGAUAUGGAAACACCUGUUACAAUAUGUUGUUCACAAAUACCACUUUCUUCUCGAUCUGAAGAAACACUUACAGAUGAUUCGAAUAGCAAAUAUUGUGAUUCGUAUUGUUUAUCCGAUAUGAAUGGUGGUAAAUCAAUUCAAGAAUCAAUAUUUUUAAGUUCAUACGACAAAGGAAAAUCACGUACACAACAACAACAACAACAGAAACGUCAAGUUGAUUCACUAUUAUUACCAACAGACUAUAUGAAUCUUUACCAGAAUCCUCAAACUAAUAUUGAAUAUGUCAAUCCAACUGUUACUAAUCAAAUAAAUCUUCGAAAAGUUUCAAAGACAAACAGUAUACAACCAGCAUCUAAUAAAAUGAAACCAACAUCUUAUCAAGAAAAAUCUUUCAGUGGAAAAAACCAAACAAAGUAUCAUUUGAAAUGUUAUGAAAAUUCAGGAAGGUUGAAAAAUCAAGUAACUACUCCAUUGAUCACUAAGAAUUCAUUGAAUAGACACGUCGGAUUACGACUUAAUCUUAAAAUGGAUGUAGCUAAAUCAACGACUGUUAAAAAUCCUAUUAAAUUUGAUCAGUGUAUUUCUACAAAUCAUGGUAGCGGUAAGAAAUUGAAAAGUGUACCGAGACAUUGUUCAAUGUUAAAUUUAAGUAAUAAUUCAUUAAAGAAUAGAAAAUUUAGUUCCAGUCUUGAUUCAUUACAACAAUCGAUUAAAGAUCAUGAUACAGAUUGUUUAGAUAGUAGUACUACACUUAUUUCAGAUGGUGUGAAUAACGAGAAUGAUGAAAGUCAAGCUGAAGAAUGUUUGAAUACUUCGGACAAUGAUGAUCGGAUAUCACAAACAAUUGAAUUCAACAAAUCUACAGCUCAAAAUAAAAAGAAUGACCGUAAACCAAGUUUUCGUCGAUGUCAAUCAGUUGCUGGAUAUAAAAAUACGAAUAGCUGUUUACCAGGCUAUAAACGAAUGAAUCGAUACUCAUAUAGAAGUUUUAGUCAAGAUUUGUUAUGUUCAAGAAAUCAAAACAAGUUACCACCAAAAUCGUUGUACGGUCAAAGAAAAGCGAAGAUAAAUAAAGAUUCUACUGGAAAUCAUUCGGAUCAGAAAAGAUGUCAUCAUCUGUCUAGUUCUUCAAAACUAUCGUCCAAGUCACAGCCUAGAAAAGUAUCUUCAAGGUCAAACAGUGGAAUUCGUAAUUCAUCAAAGUCACGUAAUAAAAGUGUAGAUAAAAGUUACUAUGAUAAUCUAAACGAUAACAUCAGCAUUAAUCAUACGAAGCUUGAUUAUCAUCAUGAACGACCAAUGCAUGCUGCUAAUUCAACUAAUCGAAGAACAACACUGCGAAGUCAAUCACCAAUAAAAAAUACAAUGAGAAGAGAUUUAGAUUAUAAUAGAUCAGUUCAUGCACCGAUUAGUUAUUUUUUGGAUUUUAAUAAUAAAUCAAAUUCCAAUCAACAUUCAGAGUAUUGUCCUAUAAAUAAUCCAGAGUAUGCUGACAACGUGCCUAAACAAUCAUAUACAAUGGAACAGGAAAUUGAAAAUAAUUCAAGGGAACAUGAACUACACAGUAGGAAUAUUCAUUCAUGUCGAAAUAAUUUACAUGCUCUAUUUCCGAAUACUUCAUGUCAUCGACAUAUAGAUGUAUCGUCUAGAUCAUUGAAUAGAUUAAGAAGACGAUGUCAUUCGAUUGAAAGAGAAUUAAAUUCAAUUGAAAGAGAUAAAUAUCGAAAAAAUCAAUAUAAUCCAUUAUCCAGUGAUCCAAGAAUUGAUGCUUUAACAUCAGCCAAUCGAAUAUUACAUCAACGAUUAUAUGAUAUACAAAAAUUACAAGAGAAUAGAGAAUAUGCAUUGAAUAAAGCGCAUACUAUGGUGAAUAGUUUAUUAAAUAAGGUCGAUGAUGAUCAUAAUGACAAAAGUUACCCAACCAAUUCAUACAAACCAACAACAAUCAAAGAGGAUUCACUUCAAUUACCUAGUUAUACACCCACUAAAUAUGGACAUUACUGUCAUCUUCAUCAUCACCCUCAUCAUCAACAUCAUCAUCACAAGGCUAAUCAAGAAAUCAUUGAUUAUCAUGAUAGAAAAUAUGAUAACUAUUUACCAGUGAAUAAUAAUAACAAUAAUUAUUGUUUAAAUCAAUCAACAUUAUUAUAUUCAAAAAAUAAUCCAGCAAAUUUAUUAUUAGAAAAAUUACGUGCAGAUUAUGCAGAUUUGGCGAAUAGUGUUUGUCGUGUUGAAGCAAAAGCACGAGAUGCUGCAUCAGCUGUACAAACAUUAUUAAGACAAUUUCAAAUGGGUCUUAUGGAACCGAUUGAGUUGAAUUCAGCCAAUCAAUUACCGAGCACAGAUUUAUGUGAGCCGUUUCAUAAAGAAUCACAUUCCAACGAGUUAUACGAUAAAUCAGUUGCGUAUAGACUGCAAAAAACUAGAGAUACAUUAGAUCAGUUGAAAUCUGAUUCAUUUCGACCAUCAAUCAACUAUAGCAAACAAUCAGAUUAUACUGUACCGUUAACAAUAUCAGUAACAACAACAACAAUGCCAACACCAACAAUAAUCAAUUCAUUAACAACAUCAUCUGUACCUGUCACUGUAACAUCAUCUGGUAUGGUACCGUCGAAAAUGAAUCUUCACAAUCUACACGAACCAUAUGUGUAUAAUCGUCCUUACGGUAACUUGUUUAGAUCAACUUGGCAUGUUAGUUAA